AAUCAUCCAUUGAUGGGACGGAGACUCGAUACGUGUUGUGCUCCCCACAAUUGGCAGACGGUGGUGCUAACUACUUGUCUUCUACCAUCUGGCAUUCUCUUCGUGGACCCAUGGCGGAAAGUCAUCCACACAGAAGAAUCAAAACUAAAACUGACCAAACCGACACGUCCAAGACGCAGGCCGGUAGCAAAGUCGAUGGCGGGUCUCCUUCGCCGAAGCCUUUUGCACUCGCAAUCCCAGCCUUGGUUCUCUUGGCUUCCCUUGUAGUGUAUAGCGUUUCGCACUGGUUCCCAUUGCGCUCCUUGCAGAAUCUUCUAUACUUUCGCGACGAAACCUACCUCAAAGGCGUACGUCCCAAUUCCGUGCCAGUGUUCACCGCAGACGAAGCGAGGCGAGAUGCCGUGGUGGAGGCGUUCAAGCAUGCGUGGCUGGCGUAUGAACGGGAUGCGAUGGGCGACGACGAGUACCAUCCAAUCUCGCAGAAGGGUACCAAUCUGACUGCAGCUGGUGGUAUCGGGUACACCGUCAUCGAUUCAAUAGAUGCAAUGCUUAUCAUGGGACUCGACGACGAAUACGAGCGUGCAAGAGCGUGGAUACGGGACAAACUCUCCUUCGACAGGAACGCAUCUUUCAGCACUUUCGAGACGACGAUUCGUGUCAUGGGUGGUUUGUUGUCUACCUACUAUCUGUCCGGAGGAGAUACUCUUUUCCUAGAGAAAGCACAGCAAAUUGCCGAUCGCUUGCUUCCAGCCUUCGACACCCCGUCUGGUUUACCGCUGCCUAUGGUAAACUUGCAUCUUCUAGAAGGUGUACCCGACCGCGAUACUGGAGAUUUUGUUAGUACUGCAGAGGCAUCUACCCUGCAGCUUGAAUUUCGCUAUCUUGCAUACCUUACCGACGAAGACAUCUAUUGGGAUAAAGUCGAGAAGGUAAUGGUCGUUCUGAAAGCUGCAACGCUUCCUCAUGGUCUGGCUCCCAUAUUCAUCGACAUCGAAACUGGUAUCUAUGGACUCUCCCCGAUACGCCUUGGUUCUCGAGGGGACUCCUACUAUGAGUAUUUGCUUAAGCAAUAUUUACAAACGAACCAGACGGAAGACAUCUAUCGCCAAAUGUAUGACGAGGCGAUGACCGGUAUCCAUAUGUAUCUCGCUCAGCGCAGUGUCCCGGGUAAUUUGCUCAACACGGCCGAGCUCAUACCUGAUAGAGCGAAGAACGGCAAAACAGGCUGGCGCUUGCUUCCAAAACAAGAUCACUUGGUGUGCUUUCUGGGUGGUUCACUCAUGCUAGGCGCAACUACCUCCGGAGCUGUGGUUGACCAUGUGUCUGUGCCUCCGUUGCCAAAUGAGUUAUCUCCUCAAGGGAAGCGAGACUGGUUCACUGGCGUGGAGCUUAUCAAGACUUGCCUAGCGACGCACAACACUCAAACAAAACUUCCCCCUGAAAUCGCGUAUUUCCGCCUUCGAAGUCAGAAGGACAAAAAUUCAGGGAAGAAAUUGCCACCGGACUGGUACAUCAAAGGUUCACCCCCCGGGAAGCCUCCGCCGCUUGACGCGCGGUAUAUCUUGCGCCCAGAAACAGUCGAGUCACUUUUUAUCGCGUUCCGUUUAACUGGCGAUACGUGGUACCGUGACCAAGGCUGGGCGAUUUUCCAAGCAAUAGAGAAGCACUGUCGCAUUCCGACCGGCGGGUACGCUAGCAUAAAGAACGUCGACCAGGUGCCAGUUGAACACGAGGACAAGAUGGAGACAUUUAUGAUGAGCGAAACGCUAAAAUAUCUCUAUCUCUUGUUCUCUGAUGCUAGUGUUCUUCCGCUAAGUGAAUACGUCUUUAACACCGAGGCUCAUCCUCUACCGAUAUUCUCUCCAAUCGCGGACUCUAGUAGUCUUCUUUAAUCUCCCGGACGGCAUCUGCAAUCUUGUAGCCUUACAACGCCAUUGAUCAGUCGCACAUUCCAGAAUUUGGUUUCGUAACUUCUCGGUCUACACACUUCCGCGCUCG